CAUUUGCAGGAAUAGAACAGGCACCACGACAUCUAUAUUUGUCAAUGUAUAUGGGAUUUGGUGGCAAAAAGGCUUGGCAUGAGUUCCCUGAACCUGAAGUUCCUGUUUCAGCAAAUAAUAAUAUUCACUUGGUGAAAGGCCCUGCAUAUGAAUCAAAGCUCCAGCAGCUUUGCUCUAGCCAUCUCACACCAGAAACGGUGGAAACAAUUCGACGUUACUGCCAAAUUUUCUUUGCAACUUUUGGGUUUGAUGCUGAGUUGUAUCCCUGCUGCAUUUUUCAAGAAAACUUACUGCCACGACAACACAAACGACAAUGUGUCUCUACAAAUAAGCGUUUUGUUAAGAUAUGGGGUGGAAGUCAUGAGUCUCAAUUUGCAAUGGAGCUUGGCCCAGAAACAACUUGCAUUGUGAACUGCAUCCACCGCUUACUGCAAAGUUUUCCAGAUCCUGUAUCAUUUUAUUUAAAUGAAGUGGAAAAACAGUUUGUGCGUAAUAUGGCAAAACCCACAUAUCUAGAUGCUCUUGUUGUGAAUAAUUCUUCUAUUUUCAAUCAUGAUAUUACAGAAGCUGUCAUUGAAAGUGAUGAUGAAUGA